AUGUUGAAAGAUAAGGUUCAAGACAAAGAGUCUAUUCGGCCGGAUGACCAACGUCUACUUUACGGCGGGCAUCAACUAGAAGAUAACAGGACUCUUGAGGACUAUGGGAUUCAGAAAGACUCCACGGUCUGGUUGGUGCUACGGCUUCCAGGAGGAAUCAAGCUUGCCCCAUAUUGGAGGGUCAAUACUAUUUCUACACGCCUAGUUUAG